AACAGCUAACCAGCCGAUUGAACCAAGCAUAAACCAUUGAAACCCUUAAAAUUUAGAAGUUUCCAUUUGAAUUAAACCGAACCGAACCAGUGAAUUGAGCCCAACCAGAAACAACCAAAAAGGGCAAAGAAGCCCAAAACUCCUCUCCCGAUCGCAGCACCGGCGAUCUCCUUUCCCUCCCCUCCCCUCCCCUCCCCAAUCAGUGUUUCGGCCAUCGGUUAUCGAGGCCAAGGCGGCGGUCGACGCUCCGAUCGACGGCGACCUUGAAUCCGGCUAUCCCUUCAACGAUCGAAGCCUGCUCCACGCGAAACAAGGCUCUCUCCUGCGACGCCGCUACCUCAGUCCACAGUUCUCUCUUUCUCGACUUUCCGGCGAGCUCAAGCAUUUCCGGCAAUUCCCUUUACUCAGGUUUCGGGAAGUGAAGAGCUGUCUCAUACAACAACUAAUAAUUUCAUGGUAAUAUAAAAUUAGAAAAUGGACUUCUCAGAGGAAUGGAAGUCCCUCUUCCCAGUUGGCUGUGUCUUCAAUGCACCUCUCCUCCUCUCCAGUCCCUCCUCAAAGGCCAUUUUGGGUCCGCUUUUCUUCAAUCCGAAUCCUGAUGCCCUGACUGAACUCUUCAAUGCUCCAACUCUCUUUCCUUCUCUUCUUAAUCCUCCUCCACGACAAUCUCUAUCUAGAUUCCUCUCCACUUCAACAAUACUUGACUCCCCUGUUCCUGUUUCUGUUUCUUCCUCCAUAGCCUCCCUCUUUGGCCCCGAAAUGCAUGACAAUGCCUCGUCUUUGCUAGGCCACAAUCGCUUGCAAUUCCUAAGAAUCCCAAAUGACAAUGCUAUUAUUAUCUUCUUUUCCAUUGGGAGCAACCAUGACCAAGUUGGAUUUUUACUAGUUUCUGUUAAAGGAAGGAGUUUGCAUGCCACCGGUGAUUCAAAAGAUGGUGUUUUUACUGCCAAUAAGUGCUUGAACCAGAGGAUAGUGGGAAUUUUGGUGAACCCACUUGCAGAUUCCAACUACGUUGAAGGUAACACUUCUUCUAAUAUUGUUGGGUAUUUGUUAGUUUAUACCAUGUCUUCUGUGCAUUGGUUCAACGUCAAAAUUGGUGAAAUCAAUGGAAGGCCUGCUUUGGGUUAUAUUGGAUACAAGAUUUUCAAGAGUUGCUCUGUUGUGGAUGCUUGUUGGAGUCCACAUUUGCUAGAGGAGAGUGUGGUUCUGUUGGAGAACGGAGCAUUGUUUUUGUUUGAUCUGAAUUCUAAUAGUUCUAAUGGAUAUUUUAGAGGAACUAGGUUGAAAUUUUCUUGGGAUGAUUACAGUAAUUCUAAGAAUCGUAAAUGGUUGGGAUGUCAGUUCAGUUGGCAUCCUAGGAUUUUGAUUGUUGCAUGUUCAGAUGCUGUCUUUUUGGUUGAUUGGAGGUAUGAUGAGUUUAAAGUGACUUGUUUAGCAAAUAUUGAUAUGUUUGGUGUGUAUGCAUCCAUUGAAAAUGAACGGUUCCUAGCUUUUAGCAAGGCAAUUACUGAUCAUUUUCAUUAUGUCUUGGCUUCUACCAACAUGUUAGUUCUUUGUGAUGUGCGCGAGCCUUUGAUGCCAGUAUUACAAUGGAAACAUUGUCUUGAUAAGCCAUGUUACGUUGAUGUGUUCAGAUUGUCUGAAUUAAGGGCAAACUCAAGAAAUAGUGUGCAUGAAUGGGCAACCACAGCAGGAUUUGGCAUUAUAUUGGGGUCAUUUUGGAAUUCUGAAUUUAGUCUCUUUUGCUAUGGACCACCUCUACCUGCUGUCAAAGGAUUGAUUGCUUCAGAAAUUUCAAAAAUUUCCAAAUCUUUUUAUGCAUGGGAGCUCCCUUCUGAUCUCUUGUUGUCAGGUAACAAGUGUCGAUGUGGAAGUUGUCUUGUAAGAGAAGAAUUUCUAAAAGAUGCUCUUCCUGAAUGGAUUGAUGAAAAUCAGAAGAAAGACAGUGUUUUGGGCUUCGGCAUCUUAAGCAAUGAUCUCUCUUCGUUGCUUUUCGAGUCAGAUGAAUUUGGUGGAUUUACUUUGAUUAGAUUGAUGUCCUCAGGGAAGUUUGAGUCUCAGAGAUAUGUUGCAUCAUGGGACUUGGUUAGAAAAUUAGAAGCAGCUCAUACAGAUCCAUUACUGUGUUUGGAAGAUAAAUUGCUUUACUCCUUGGAUGAUGAGGAAUACAAAUUUACUAAAAGAUUUAAGUAUUUGAAGCUGGAUUAUCUCUCUGCAUAUAUCAAUGGUAAUCUUUCUCAAGUGUUGGAUUUAAACAUGAAAAAGCGUAGGGAGAAUACUCAACAGAGAGAAAUUUUUAGUUUAGAAUUUCAUGAAAUAAUAUGUGAGAAGUUGAAGAUUUGUGGAUUCAGUCAAUUUAGAACAUCCCCUGCCAUUAGUGUUGUUUUUAACGACAUCAACUUGCCAACAAGCAUACAUGAGGUUGCUUUAAGGAGCAUAUGGGCAAGCUUGCCAAUGGAGCUCUUACAACUUGCCUUUUCUAGCUAUUCUGAAUUUCUUGAAGUACUCUUGGAUCAGAAAAAGGUUGCUUUGGAAUUUUUAGUUGUUCCGGACCUACCCCAGUUGCCUCCAUUUUUCUUAAGGAAGUCUUCAAGCCGCAGCAAUAGAUGGUCAUAUGUAGUGCCACGAAGUGAUGCACUUGUUGGUCCAGUUCUUCCUCUUGCAGUUUUGACCACACUUCAUGAGAUACGUAAUGGCUUUCCAAAUUCACAGGAUGAAGAUGCAUUUUCACCGGAGGGAGAACUGAGUAUUCGAUGUAAUGAAGUAAUGCAAGUGGCCAGAGAAAUGGCCAUGCCAGAUUCUACUGUUGAGCCUCUUGGUGAGGAUGUUGUCUCCCUUGCUAAUGCUAGAGAUGACAUCUGGGUUGAUUCUGAAAAACCAAAGUCUUUCUUUUUACAUUGUCCUGUUGCCAUGCAAUGCCAUACAGAGAGUAGCCGUGUUCAUAAGAAUGACAAAUUUGCUUUCAUGAUUUCGAAACAGUCCAUUCACAGCAAUAAGGUGGAAACUGUUGGGCAAGAACUUUUUGAUGAACUGUGCCCCAUUCACUUGAAUUUUGAUGCUGCUGUUGUGGAUUUUAGCUCGCAAGAACUGAAAGCUUAUAAUUUGUUGAAGAGGCGUUUCUCAAAGUGGCAAGAAGAAUUCAAACCGUUUCAAGAAUUUCGCAGUCGAUUACAAAAACAACACAAUUGAAUUUUUUUUGUCUCUUUCCUGAAUACUUGCCUGGAUUCGGCUUUAGUUAAGGGCCCCACUACAAUUUUGUGUUCAUGUUCUUUUCAAAUACUAAAAUUAAAAUAGAAAAUGUUAGAUGGUACCUAAACUAAAAUUGUAUAUACGACGUGAUAAUAUCAGUAGGAAUUUGUAGUAAAAUUUUUGCCUUUUCUUUCUUUUGAAUUGUCUGUUUACUCAAAUUUUCCUGCAUAUGUAAAAUUACGUUUUCUUUCUCUUGCA